AUGACCUCGGACCGCGGAGCCCCCAGCCCCCGCCUGCGGCGCCUGCGCGGUGCAUGUCGGGCACUGUGGUCUCCCCGGCCCGCGGAGCGCGCCUCAGGCGCACAGACGGACUACAUCUCCCAGAGACCUUUGGGCGGGCGGGGGGCGGUGUGCGCGCAAAGCCCCGCGGGGCUGAGGGUCUUGUCCUCCCAGCGCCUGGACCCCGGCCUGUUUUGGCGUUCGCUCGGCCUCGGGCGCCCGGCCUCCCGAGGAUUGAGGAGGAAUAUGCCUACAUUUAUGAGCCUUUUUGGGAAGGAACCAGUCAAAGGAGCCGCUCAUCCUAGAAAAAUUAGAAACUACAGGUCUGGCUGCAUUUACGAGGAAACCCAAAGAAACCAACUUAAAGCAAGUUUGUUUCUUUCUCACACGGAAGAGACGGGAAGUGGUAAUCUCAGUGCCUGUGUGGUGUCUCUGGUCUUCCACGGCCUGGGCACCGUCACGUGUCUUUGGUGUGGCUUCCAUGCCCAGGGUCACCUCGUGGUCAAGCAUGGCUCUGGGAGCUGCUGCAUCCAUAUUCCAGGCAGCGGACAGGAGGGCAGGAGGACGAAAGGUGGCUCCCCUCUAGCACCUUCCUGCCAGUCCUUACAUCACUACUCUAUGACUCACUGGCCAGAGUGUAGUCGUGUGGUCACAGGUGACUGGACAAAAGGCUUGGGAGUAUCUUAGCUAAGACGUUGUUGCCCUGAAUAAAAAUGGAGUGUGGUGGUCCACGUAAGGAAACUGAGGCUCAGAGAGAUUCAGUAACUUGUCCAAGGUCCUACAGUCUGUCAUAGUGGGCAGGAUGCCAUUGAACCCUGUGCUCUCAAAACUUUAUUGCUGGUUGAGAAAGAAAGUUGACAUCUUUGUUCCUGAAGACUGAGUGGUUGGGGAUGCGGGGCACCAUUUAGGAUCACAGGCCAGGAAAGAAGAGGCCAGGGCGCUGCUGUGGAAGUGCUGUGGGCUUCCCGGCCCUUGACCCUGCCUGUUGGUGCAGCUCCCCCAUGGGGGUCCACCGUCUGUGUGCUCCGGCAGAGCAGCCCCCUGUGGCCGUGCAGCUUGAACAGGGGCUCCAGGCUGGGAUCUGGCCACCCACAGCGGUGCGGCCUCUGUCCUUCACCUGUCACUCCCCAUCCAGCCACUGCUCCCAUCCCCUCCUUGGCCUGCUGGUCUCAUUAACUCCACCCCCUCCUGGCUUGCUCGGAGAGCCAUUCCCUGACCCCCAGAAUGUGUCCAGUUUUUCUGUGCUUUCAAAGUCCCCUAGACUACACUGCACACUUUGUAAUUAGGUUUGGCGUUUGGUGUGGUUAUUUAAUGCCUGUCCUCCCCCGGUUGAUUGUGAGCUUCUGGAAGGCAGGGACUGUGCCGUCACUUCCUGCAUGCUACACAACUACCGCUGUGAACCAACAGUUGGUUACUCCCAGAAGAAGCACCGUCCCACCCUGCAAGGACCUCUGUGAAGUGGCGAUCACACAGACUGUUAAGCCCAGCCCGGGGGGCUUGGGAUAACAGAACAGUGCAUGGUGUUGCCCCGGAAGUCUGUGACUGUCCCUGGCAAGUAAGUCCCCCAGUCAUUGACACCUCCCGUUGGCCUCGUCCUUCCGUGGCUUCUCCACAUCCAUGUCUCAGUUCUCACACAGCCUCCAGGGAGGUCAGGUAAGGUUGGGAUGAUGCACUCACAUGUGGGCCGGGCCUCCUGUGAGGGGGUUCAGCAGGGGGCAACGCAGGCUCUCCUUCCCCCUUUUCUGGGUGGCUUUUGGACACCGAGAGGGUGUUUGGCUUGUGUACCCCGGGCCUCUAACCUUCCUGGGCAGCGGGUGCCCAUCUGUCCAGCACGUGGGAGGCUGUGGGCAACAUGGAAAGCUGAGUUUCCCCAACAAAUCCCAAAGUCCUGCUCCAAGCCAGGUACCUGGAACAUGCAUCCUGGGGACAGAGGAGCCCCUCUGGGGCCAGCUGGCUUCCUAGUGCCACUGCUGCCAGGAAGGUGGUUCCUCCAGAGGGGGGCAGUGCGCAGGCCAGCCCGCCUUCAGAAAGGUCCCGCAGCUGCUGCCGCCCGGCCACCUUGCCCCAGGCUUUCGGGCAGAUGCCCAGAGUGUCCGGGCUGAGCACCCUUUCCAGGGGCGUCACUGCCUGUGAAGGUGGGCCCUUUGGGAGCAGCCGUCUGGUACCUCGUACAUAGCAUCUCUUCAGGAGUCCCACGGAGCAAGUGGCCUCAACUUGGCUCUGUCACCAAGGAACUCUGCGGGGCUGAGCUACUCAGAGGGGGUUUGGUUCUGAGACACCCCAGGAUCCUGUGGGGAGCACACACCGGGACCCCCGCAGUUGUAGGGGCAGGAGCUGUGUGGCAGAGAUUCCGAGUCACCCCAGGAUCCUGUGGGGAGCACGCACCGGGACACCCACAGUUGUAGGGGCAGGAGCUGCAUGGCAGAGGCCUUGGUGCCUGUUUCCUUUUCUUUCCUG